AUGGUGAGUACGCAUGCGUUUCUUCUGGUAUUUGUGAUGGCUGCUCUGGCGGUGCUCGGUCUGUUGCUGCUAAGUCUAAGUGCUGCUGUUGGAUACAAGACUUACAACGUUUUCGACUUUAAGGCCGUGGGUGAUGGCCAAACUGAUGAUACUAAUGCGUUCGUACAAGCAUGGGCAGCAGCUUGUGCAGAUACCAGAUCACCGGUGAUUCUCGUCCCUUCAGGGAAGACGUUCUUGAUAGGUGAAAUAACACUGUCGGGCCCCUGCAAUUCCAGCAUUGAUUUUCGGCUACAAGGGGACAUUGUGGCACCAAAUUCGAAGUGGACGAACGAUAAGGCAAGCUUGUUGACCUUCACGUACGUGAACCGUCUGAUCGUGCACGGCUACGGGCAGAUCGAUGGCAGAGGCCAACUUUGGUGGGACCUCUUCAACAAAAAGGUGGACACGUUGAUCCAAACUCUAUUGUCACCUUCCUCGCAUCUUGUCUGA